AUGACUCUUAGUGAAGAAGCCAGAACCGGAUCGUGGAACCUGGAAGUGCUGGUCGGUACCUCAGUUUUUUCUGAAGAGCUCAAUGUUUCGCUAUCUAGGGGAUCCAAAGACCCAGCACUUCCUGCUCUUCCUAUUGCUGAAGAACACUACGUUGAACUGGGGUUCUCAAAAGAGAUGCGGCGUCGCUACAAGCCGGGACUGCCCUUCGUAGGAAAGUUAGGAUAUAUAAGUUCGAAUCCAUUGGACGUAAUUAGGCUAGCUCUACUCAGCCAUAAGCCAUAUUGUGGUGCCGUAACCACGGCAAAGGUGAUCAGCCAGGCCUGUUACAGCUAUAAAGUCUCAUGGCAGUCACAAGCUGCGCUCACAUCUUCAGUUAACAUCACCCUGGUCUGCUCCCUCACAUUUGCAUAA